UCAAACCUUGCUAGCGUAUUGAAUAGUGGUAAAAGUUAAAACAUGCCUCCGACAAGUAAGAUUGAUGAAAGUGGGGCGGAUGCAAAUACAGUGGCUAUGGAGUUGGCCGCCAUCAUGAGGGAGAGGAUCAUGAUUAUGGAUGGAGGGAUGGGAACCAUGAUCCAGCAGUGCCGUUUUGAUGAGGACCAGUUCAGAGGUCAAGAGUUCAAGGACCAUCCCAAAAGCCUGAAGGGAAACAAUGAUCUGCUUAGUCUGACCCAGCCUGCCAAGAUAGUACAGAUACACAAGGACUAUCUAGAAGCUGGUGCAGACUUCAUUGAAACAAACACUUUCAGUGGAACUAAUAUAGCUCAGGCAGACUAUGGAACAGAGCAUCUGGUACGCCGCAUGAAUUUGGAGUCGGCUAAACUGGCGCGGCAGGCCGCUGAUGAGGUGACAGCCGCUUCUGGUGUGAAGAGGUAUGUGGCAGGGGCUUUAGGACCAACCAACAGGACUCUAUCAAUCUCCCCUUCUGUGGAAAAACCUGACUACAGGAAUGUCACAUUUGAUGAGUUGGUAGCAGCCUAUACUGAGCAGGCUGAAGGCCUGAUUGAUGGUGGGGUGGAUGUUUUGCUUGUGGAAACUAUCUUUGAUACAGCCAAUUCCAAGGCUGCAUUAUAUGCAAUUGACACUUUGCUUACAAAAAGAGAAGUGGAAAUGCCAGUUUUUGUGUCUGGUACUAUUGUAGACAAGAGUGGACGGACGUUGUCUGGUCAGACAGGAGAGGCAUUUGUCAUCAGUGUCUCACAUUCAAGACCUCUCUGCCUGGGUUUGAACUGUGCAUUAGGAGCUCAGGAAAUGCGUCCAUUUAUUGAAGCUAUUGGAAAGUACACCUCUUCCUUCACCAUCUGCUACCCAAAUGCGGGUUUACCAAACACAUUUGGAGACUAUGAUGAAACACCUGAGGCCAUGGCAAAUACUCUCAAGCAUUUUGCCAAGGAUGGUUUAUUGAACUUAGUUGGAGGAUGUUGUGGGACUACCCCAGCACACAUAAGUGCAAUCAAAAAUGAGGUGCAGAAAUUUAAUCCAAGGAUUCCUCCGAAGGAUCUUCAUGAAGGCUACACACUUCUCUCAGGGCUAGAGCCAAUGUUGAUGGGUCCACACACAAAUUUUGUGAAUAUCGGAGAACGGUGUAAUGUUGCUGGUUCCAGAAAGUUUGCAAGAUUAAUCACAUCUGGAAAUUAUGAGGAAGCCCUGAAUAUAGCCAAGCUGCAGGUAGAGAAUGGGGCGCAGAUCCUGGACAUCAACAUGGAUGAGGGAAUGCUGGAUGGGGUGACAGCAAUGGCUCGUUUUUGUAACCUCAUCGCCUCUGAGCCAGAUAUAGCCAAGGUGCCAUUGUGUAUAGACUCGUCUAACUUUGCUGUGGUGGAGGCAGGACUGAAGUGUACUCAGGGAAAGUGUAUAGUGAAUAGCAUUAGUCUGAAAGAGGGGGAAGAGGACUUUAUCAAGAAAGCCACGAUGAUCCGCCGCUACGGUGCAGCUGUUGUUGUCAUGGCCUUUGACGAAGAGGGGCAGGCUACUGAUGCUGCUCGUAAAGUGGAGAUCUGUACUCGGUCCUAUCGUAUCCUGGUUGACAAAGUGAAGUUCAACCCGUGUGACGUUAUCUUUGAUCCCAACAUCCUCACCAUUGCCACAGGCAUGGAAGAGCACAAUAAAUAUGGGCUGGAGUUUAUUGAGGCUACUAAACUUAUCAAAUCCACAUUACCUGGAUGUAGAGUGAGUGGCGGAGUGUCAAAUUUUUCGUUUUCCUUCCGAGGCAAAGAGACAGUGCGGGAAGCAAUGCACAGUGUUUUCCUGUAUCACGCUAUAAAGGCUGGCAUGGACAUGGGCAUAGUCAAUGCUGGUUGUCUGCCUGUGUAUGAUGAUAUUGAGCCCAAGUUAUUAGAGCUGUGCGAGAAUUUGCUGUGGGACAAAGACCCUGAAGGCACGGAAAAACUCCUAGCUUAUGCUGAGAGUUUGGGCAAAGAUGCAAAGAAAGCAGCAAUCAGCGAUGAAUGGAGGAAAAAACCAGUUGAAGAAAGACUGUCCUAUGCUCUUGUCAAGGGUAUAGACAAAUAUGCUGUGGAGGACACGGAGGAAGCGCGAGCCAACACUGACCUCUACCCAAGACCUCUCAAUGUUAUUGAAGGCCCACUGAUGAAGGGAAUGAGUAUUGUGGGUGACCUUUUUGGGGCUGGUAAGAUGUUCCUGCCUCAGGUGAUCAAAUCGGCGCGGGUGAUGAAGAAGGCUGUGGCUUACCUGAUUCCCUUCAUGGAAGCGGAGAAGCAGGCUAGAAUGGAGGCCACAGGGAUCACUGAUAUGGAAUCUGCAUACCAAGGAACGAUUGUGCUGGCCACUGUGAAAGGAGAUGUACAUGACAUUGGCAAGAAUAUUGUUGGUGUUGUACUGGGCUGUAACAACUACAAGGUGAUAGACCUGGGUGUGAUGUGUCCAUGUGAGAAAAUUCUACAGACAGCCAUAGCAGAAAAAGCAGACUUCAUUGGUCUCUCUGGGCUAAUUACUCCAUCAUUAGAUGAAAUGAUUCAUGUUGCCAAGGAGAUGGAGAGGGUGGGAUUUAAAGUUCCUCUUCUGAUUGGCGGAGCAACAACUUCUAAGACACAUACAGCCGUGAAAAUAGCUCCCAGAUAUUCGUCACCAACAAUUCAUGUUUUAGAUGCAUCAAAAAGUGUUGUAGUGUGCUCCUCGUUACUGGAUGAUAUCUGUCGGGAGGAGUUUCUGGAGGAAGUGAGUGAGGAAUAUGAGGAGAUUAGAGAUGAGCAUUAUGACUCCCUGAAGGAUCGCAGGUAUCUGUCAUUAGAGCAGGCAAGGAGUAAAGCUCUGGUGAUAGACUGGCAUGUUGAACCUCCAGCAGCUCCCCCAUCGUUCACAGGCUUGAGGGUGUACAAAGACUAUGAUCUAUCCCUACUCAUCCCAUACAUUGAUUGGAAGCCAUUCUUUGAUGUCUGGCAGCUGAGAGGGAAGUACCCCAAUAGAGGUUACCCCAAAAUAUUCAAAGACAAAGAUGUUGGUGAGGAAGCUCAGAAAGUGUUCAGAGAUGCCCAGACCAUUUUGUCAAAGAUAAUCAACAACAAACUGCUUCGUGCCAGUGGUGUUGUCGGCUUCUGGAGAGCUAACAGUGUUGGUGAUGACAUAGAAUUGUAUAAUGAAGACUCUUCAGUGGCAGCCAGGUUCUAUGGCCUAAGACAACAGGCUGAAAAAGACGCCCACUCAGAUGAACCUUACUACUGCCUGUCUGACUUUGUGGCCCCCAAACAGACAGGGCUGACCGACCACAUUGGCAUGUUUGCUGUGACAGCAGGACACGGGGUGGCAGAAAUGUGUAAAGGGUUUGAGGCUAACUUUGAUGAUUACAGCAUCAUAAUGGUGAAGGCCUUAGCAGAUCGUCUAGCUGAGGCUUUUGCAGAAGAGCUUCAUGAGAAAGUAAGGAAGGAGCUGUGGGGCUACAACACAGAGGAGGCCAUGAAAGCUUCAGACCUGCACAAGAUCAAAUAUCAGGGAAUUCGCCCCGCCCCUGGAUACCCCAGUCAGCCUGACCACACAGAGAAGGAGACAAUGUGGAGACUGAUGGGAGCUGACACAGCUGACAUCACUCUGACAGAAUCUCUUGCCAUGCAUCCUGCUGCCUCCGUCUCAGGUCUCUACUUCACACACCCUCGCUCCUGCUAUUUCUCUGUUGGCAAAUGCACGAAAGACCAGAUAUAUGACUACGCUCAGAGGAAGGGUAUGGAUUUGACCACAGCAGAGAAAUGGCUAGGACCAAACCUGGCGUAUGACACUGACUGAAAGGCUUAUAUUGAUUGUUUUCAUAAAAUUUCUGUAGGGAUUAUAACUUUAGACUUCAGAACUGUACUCAUAUUCAUUUUCAUUUUCGCCUGUUGAAAUAUGUAAAUGCUAUUUCACAAGCCACCAGUCAAAUGCAAAACAUGCAGAAAUUUUGUUUCUGUUUGAAAUAUUUAUUACAUAGAUAUAAAACCCAAAUCUGUAUUGGCUCGUAGGUGAUAAUUUUGAAACUUGUCUUACCUGUCAUCAAGAUUCUUGUUUUUGUAUUAUAGUUUGACUUGUGUAAUGUAUAUAACACACUAAUAGUAGUACUUGUAUUUACAAAAUAUUUUAACCAUUGAAACAAUGCCAGUAUAUGUCCCUAGUUUCUGAAGACUUCUACUGUACACCCUACUGUAUGUGUAUGUGAGCUCUCCUGUCAAACAAUAAUAGUGCAAGGAGACAGGAAAUGCUUGAUUUGUAAUUAUUAUUACACAUUGUAUGAUGUGGACUAACAUAAAACUACGAAAAAGCCUAUGAGUUUAUCAGGGUAAAAAUGGCUGUAAACUGAGGUGACUUUUGUAAGGCCCAACAUUGUUGGGGGAGAGCCCAAAUUGGGGAUACUAAGCCUGUCCUGUGUUCCCAGUAUGUUCAUCCUGACGUCAUUAUGAAAUAUUCCCCACCAAAUGCAUAAAAUAUGCAUCAAAGAUGAAAAAAAUUCGUAUUUUUUCGUCCAUAAAAAAGCCAUUCGGGUACUCUUCCUUUUAUUGUACCUUUUCAUAUAUUUUUAAAGAAAAUGCAUAUAUUUUCUCUGAUGUCGAAUUUUUAAUAAAUAUUUUCCUUUUAUUACUCUUUAAGACUUGCAUUUACAGUUUAAACGUCCCUGUCCCACAUGUGUAGCUGAUGUAUAAUGUUCUGGGUAAAGUUUUUGAAUAACAUCUCUGCAGUAGAUGUUAAAAUACACCUGUAGGCAUUUACAUGUAUUUCUCAGCAAAUAAUGUUAUGAUAUAGCGAUUAUUUAUAAUCUUUUCCCCAGGAACAAGGGGGAGAUUAGUGAGCUGUGGUAAUGCACGAUGUUUUCACUGUCAUUAUGCAUAUCAUUUCUGUCUAGAUUUACACAGUUAAAAUAUCUGUUACACAGACAAAAACUAGUUCAGACAAUAAAUUGGUGUGAUUUGGCAACCUGGUGUCCACUAUGAGGAAAUGUGUACUUUAAAAAUUUGAAAAGAAGGCCUUGUAUCACUAGAUCAUAACUAUGGUUAGUCAAGAAAGAUAGUUCUUUACUGUAUUGUUAUUUGAAAUACCUCACCACAGUUGUCUCCCUUGAACCAUGUACCCUUUGGUUAGUAAUACUGUGUCUAACAGUUAAAUUGACAAAAAUGGGUGCUCUUAAGAAAUAUCAAGUACUUGGCGUUUGUGUUUAGCGCCACAUCUCCGGGUCCACGCUUUGUUAUGGUUGAGGACCUCGUGCUAGCUUUGUGAAAUUGUUUCACUAGUGAUGAUCAGUAUAAA